UACCAGGAAGCAGAAGACGCGAUGGAAAAGCCUAGCAUAUCCAUAGAACUGAUUACUCUUUGAUUACUCACGGUUGUGAGCUGCAUAUAAAACUGCGUACCGAACACUUGAAUAUUUUUUUCUCUAAACAUGCAACUAUCGGUACCAGAAUAGCAGCGUUAGCAAGAACAGCGAACUUACUCACGCAGCGGAGGAAUAGUUACCGCUAGCUAGUGUAGCUACAGCUUUGCUUAAUAAUGGCACGAGCAUCGUUUGUAUUGUGAAGUUUUACCCCCUUCGUUGGUUAUCUGCUGUGUCUGUCGAGUAAACUAUACUGAAACCUAACUCGCGUAACAAAAUGGCAAGUACCGUGUUGGAAGUCGGUACGGGCGUAUUUGUCGUUGCGAUCGUUUGGAUUGCGGCACUUGUGUUCGGGAUGAUGUUGCUGAGAGCAUCUGGAUCAGCAAAGUUAGGAGUUAUCCCUGUUUUUCUCCUUGCUCUCACCAUCACUCUGGCAUUGGUGUUUUUCCCUCGCAGCCCAGAGACAACUCCCCCUUUCAAAGAGAUAGAGAUAGUGGACACUUUGUUCAUAGGUCGUUAUGUGCUCCUGGCAGUGGUGAGCACAGUCUUUCUGGUGGCAUUCUUCAUGCUGCUCCCCUUUCAUUUCCUGGAGCCUGUCUAUGCCAAGGCCUUAAGAACACACUAGAGCUGCCAGGGUCAGAGUUGGCACCGGGAUCACAUCACUGAUGUACACAACUUAAGACAAACAGGGCCUGGCAAGAGGCCCCGCUUCAUGUGGAAACAGACUACAGAAUGCAUCCCAAACAGAAACAGCAGGAGAGCCAGUGUUUUCUACAUGACCAACUGUUUGCUGGUUGUUUACUGUUUAUGCAGAACGAACACAAAUGAGAUAUCCAACAGACAUAGUGUUUAUUUAUAUUUUGUAUGAUUUAAUACAUGAGAUGAAUAAAUUGGUUUUUAAAACUGA